GAGCUCUGGGGAUCCAGGGAAGAAGAAGCAGCACAUCUGCCACAUCCCGGGCUGCGGGAAGGUGUACGGCAAAACCUCGCACCUCCGGGCGCACCUGCGGUGGCACACGGGCGAGCGCCCCUUCAUCUGCAGCUGGCUGCUCUGCGGCAAGCGCUUCACCCGCAGCGACGAGCUGCAGCGGCACAAGCGCACGCACACAGGGGAGAAAAAAUUCGCCUGCCCCGAGUGUCCCAAACGCUUCAUGCGGAGCGACCACCUCUCCAAGCACAUCAAGACCCACCAGAACAAGAAGGGAGGCCCGGCCAACAGCGUGGCCAUGAAC